AUGGUCGUGAUCGGGCUUCUAUUUUCCUGGUGGGCCAUACCCGCCGCCUUGGGCGUGGUGAUUGCCUCUUACCUCUACGCCUACGCAGUCACAAACAAGGACCUCCGCGGCAUUCCCGCACCGUGGCCCGCGCAGUUUUCAAAUCUCUGGCUUCUCGGUGUCUGCCGCCGCGGGAAUCGAUACAAGGUCAUGGAUGAGAUGCAUCACAAACUGGGACCGGUCGUUCGCAUCCAGCCCAACCACGUCAGCAUAGCCGACGAGACGGCCAUUGCCGGCAUCUACGGCCACGGCAACGGUUUCUUGAAAUCUGAAUUCUAUGACGCCUUUGUCUCCAUCCGCCGCGGUCUCUUCAACACCCGCGACAGGGCAGAGCACACCCGCAAGAGAAAGCUCGUCUCCCAUACCUUCUCUCCCAAGUCCGUCGGCCAGUUCGAGCCGUACAUCAAGGCCUGCCUCGAGCUCUUCGUCCAGCAGAUGGACAAGCUCAUCGCCGAGAGCGACCAGCGCGACGAGCACGGCGCUGCGGAAGCCCACAUCGACUGCCUGCCCUGGUUCAACUACCUCGCCUUCGAUAUCAUCGGCGACCUCGCCUUCGGCGCGCCCUUUGGCAUGCUCGCCACCGGUAUCGACCUGACCGAGGUCCGUGAGUCGCCCGCGAGCCCGCCCAUCUACGCCUCCGCCAUCGAGAUCCUCAACCGCCGCGGCGAGGUCAGCGCCACGCUUGGCUGCCUGCCGCAGCUCAAGCCCUACGCGCGCUGGCUGCCGGACCCCUUCUUCAGCAACGGCCUCGCCGCGGUGCAGAACCUGGCCGGCAUCGCCAUCGCCCGCGUCAAGAGCCGCCUGGACAACCCGCCGGAUAUUGAGCGCAAGGAUCUCCUCGCCCGUCUCCAGGAGGGCAGGGACGAGAAGGGCGAGCCGCUCGGCCGGGAGGAGCUCACGGCCGAGGCGCUGACGCAGCUCAUCGCCGGCAGCGACACCACGUCCAACUCUUCCUGCGCCCUGAUGAACUACCUCUGCCGUAACCCGCGCGUCUUUGCCAAGCUCCAGGCGGAGCUGGACGCGGCCAUGCCGGGCGACCUGGCCGUGCCCUCGCACGACAUGGUCCGGGACCUGCCGUACCUCAACAACGUCAUCAACGAGACGCUCCGCCACCACUCCACCUCGGGCAUCGGCCUGCCGCGGCAGAUCCCGCCCGGCUCGCCCGGCAUCACCAUCCUCGGGCGCUUCUUCCCCGCCGGCACAGUGCUCAGCGUGCCGACGUACACGAUGCACCACUCCGUGGAGAUCUGGGGCCCGGACGCGGAAGAAUUUCGGCCGGAGCGCUGGGAGGACGGCCUCACUGCCAGGCAGAAGACGGCGUUCAUCCCGUUCAGCCACGGGCCCCGCGCGUGCGUGGGGAGGAACGUGGCCGAGAUGGAGAUGAAGCUGAUCGCGGCCACCUGGGUGCGGCGCUACUCGGCGAGGGUCAGGCAAGGGCCGAUGGAGACGCGGGAGGGCUUCUUGAGGAAGCCGCUGGGAUUGGAAAUUGCCUUGGGCCGGCGGUGA